CUCACGCUGUGGCGGAUGCUUCGACCCCAGCAUUUCGCCGCAUAGCAGUAACCCUAAAAAAAAGCACGGCAGCGGGAGAUGUCGCCGGCGGCGGCGCCGCCGCUGGAGGACGAAAACUUACUCUCCGAGAUCCUCCUCCGCCUCCCCGCGCUGCCAUCCACCCUCCCCCGCGCCUCCCUCGUCUGCAAGCGCUGGCGCCUCCUCGUCUCCGACCCCGGCUUCAACCGCCGCUUCCGCCGCCGCCACCGACGCAGGCCUCCCCUCCUCGGUUACUUCAUCCACGACAGCCGAGGCAUCUCCUACGAACGUACCAUGGAUUCCCCCGACCGCGUCCCCGCCGGGCGCUUCUCCUUGCAGCUCGACCACAGCUACGGCUUCUCGCUCCUCGGCUGCCGCCAUGGCCUUGUGCUCAUCUCCAACGGUACACGGAAGCAAGUCCUGGUGUGGGACCCCGUCACCGGUGACCAGCACCGCAUCGCCUUUCCCCCAUGGUUCGACGGGAUCAAAAACCAGAUUCAUGGGGGAGUGCUUCGUGCUGCCGGCGAAGCGGACCACUUCCAGGUGGUCCUGGUACAGGCCACCAUAUGGGACAAACAGCAUUUGCAAGUGCUCGCCUGCGUUUAUUCGUCAGAGACCGGCAGAUGGGGCGAUCUUAUCUUAACACCAAUUCCAGCCCCGGCUUACUGUACGGGCUUGUCGCCCGUCUUGGUUGGGAAUUCCUUUUACUGGCGUCUUGCUGGGUGUUUUUGUGCUGUUCUUGAGUUUGAUUUGGAGAGGCAGAGCUUAGCGGUGAUACAAGUGCCGGUUGGUGAGGAGAAUAGCUUCGCUGUUAUGCGAGCCGAGGGUGGUGGGCUAGGUUUACUCUCCGUGUCAGGCCUCACCGCACAAUUAUGGAAGAGGAAUACCGACUGUGAUGGUGUUGCAUCAUGGGGGAUGGGAAGGACCAUUCAACUGGACAAGCUACUUUCUCCUUAUUCAGAUGAGACUGCGCCCCUAUUCAUAUUAGGGUUUGCAGAUGAAAAUAAUGUGGUGUUCCUGACGGGUGGUCAUGGUGUCAUCAUGGUACAGCUUGAGUCAUUGCAAUCCAAGCAACUUUGCAGGAUUGACAACAUUUUUUAUCAACAUCAUCAUGCAUUCGAAAGUGUCUAUGCUGCAGGAAUAGGCAUUGGCCGUGAACAUGAUGGGGCUGAACUUGUGGGCAAUCCACAAGUGAUUGCCUGUUAGCUAUGCUUAUUAUGAUGUGCUGGUUGAGCAGGUACCUAGAUUGCUGAGAUGCAGGAAUUCACUUCGUGGCUGUGGGUUCUUCCAUUUUGUAUGCUUCAUGCGGAGAUCAACCCUCUACGUUGCAUGCAUUGUUCAACUAGCAAAUGGACUUGUAGGAUUAAUCGCUCAAUUUGCUAACUUCCCUCAGUUAUCUAAUUUCCGGACACAGUUAGCCAACUGGCAUGAUGAAGACACAGUGACUUGCUUCGAAUAAUCAGUACCAGUGAUGCAUUUGCUUUAUGCUUUCCAAGCAAGCGGGUCGAAACAAUCUUGCCUGCCUGCCUGGUCUUUGUGUACAUCUUGUGUUAUAUGUUCAUCUUCUCACUGUUUCCAUUUGAUUAUGUUCCAUGUCGUAUCAGGUUGGGAGACUUUGAUGUCAAAUUUCCUAUGUCCCAUUUCUGUGUGUGUGUGUGUGUUUUGGUUAAUCUUAUCUAAUUUUGGCCAAUGAAUGUUGGAUAUAUAUAGCAGCUGCGGUCCUGGUGCUAUUUGUCACUGGAUAGCUCGGCCAGCAAUGCCUUAUCAUGCAAACAUAUUUCAGAUGUUA